GUCCAACACAGGCAUGGAUAUUAUCAAUCUUUCAAACUACCACCUUUCCAAUGAUGAGAGGACCUUAUUGAUGAGAGGUCUAACUUUUUGCCCUCAGGCACCCUUAGAUACCUUUGAGCUUACAAAGGAUAUUCAUCUGUUUGCUAGAAAAUUGCUUCUAAAGAGCCUAUACUCCAAACCAAAAAAAGAAAUCUCCUAUGCUAGCAUUCAACAACAUAAAGAUGAUCUUGAUCUACUCUUAUCGCUAUGUGAUGAGGUGGACCUGGUAGAUUCCAGUGGCCUAUCGGACCUCGAAGAUCUGAUGUCCGAAUUUACUUCAACUAUACCCUCUGAACCACCACGUAACAUAUUAAAAAACAAAUCUGAUAAGUUCCCCCCCCUACAAAUGAAUUCCAAUCUAGCUGCCUUUGUGACCCUCACUACGGCUGAGAUUAAGAAACUACAUAAGUUUCGGAAUGCUGGACGUAUGACUUACCAACCUAAUGAGGCACUUGAGAAACUAAAAGAAUGUCACCAGCUUACUAUUAAGCCUGCUGACAAAGGAGGGAACAUUGUGAUUCAAACCAAUGAUCAGUACAAGAGUAUGUGUCUAAAGAUCCUUUCUAACAAGGACUGGUACACUCCCAUCCCAAAAUCUACUAUCAUCAAAUACGAAACCGAGUUUUAUGCUCUGGUGGAUGGGGCGUUCUCCCAAGGCGCAAUUAACCAAGACACGUGGGAAUUUAUACGCAUUAAAUACCCUAAAAUACCUACUUUUUACUGUCUACCUAAGGUCCAUAAGGACAUUGUCAACCCACCAGGGCGACCCAUUGUAUCUGGCAAUGGUGCGCUAACUGAGAAUCUCAGUAUGUGGGUUGACUCCCACCUCAAACCUUUUGUACUGCACCUCCCAUCUUAUAUAAAGGAUACCAUCCACCUCUUACAAAAAAUCCAGCAUUUCAAAGUAUCUCCAGGAGCACUACUGGUAGCGAUCGAUGUGGAGGCUCUUUAUAGCUCAAUCCCACAUUCUUUGGGAUUAUCUGCUAUGAAGAACAUUCUCCUCCCCAUUUUUCGGGGAGAUCGUAGGCUUGGGGAAUUUCUCAUUAUGUCACUUGAAUUUAUACUUUAUCACGGCGUUUUUUCUUUUGAUGGCUCCCACUUCCUCCAGGUACAGGGGGUUGCGAUGGGGACUUCUUGUGCCCCAUCGUAUGCCAACCUGUACCUGGGGGAGUGGGAGAAGCUAUUUUUGACCAGCACCCCUGUACAACCCUUCAUUCAUCUUGUAUCGGGAUGGUACCGAUACAUAGAUGAUGUUCUUAUGAUCUGGGAGGGUUCCAUUCCAGAGCUUGAGCUGUUCAUGACCAUCAUGAACCGCAAUGAUUUCAACCUCAAAUUCACAAUGAAUUUUAGUAGCUCUAGAAUUGCCUUUCUUGAUGUUACCUUGAUUAAAGGUCCUGAUGGGACCAUGUCAACGGGGCUUCACAGAAAACCCACAGCGGGUAACACCAUUUUACACGCCACCAGUGCCCACCCUUCUCCAUUAAUAAAAUCAAUACCUUAUAGCCAAUACCUGCGCCUUAAGCGAAAUUGUUCGACGCAAGAAGAUUUCCUUCUAGAGGCGGCAGGAUUAAGAGAUAGGCUAUUACUCAGAGGUUAUUCUAAGAAAAACUUAAAAAGAUCUUUUCAACGUGCCAAUGGGCAUUUACGGCCACUCCUUUUGACUAACAAAGAAAAGAAGUCCUCUGAUAACAACGAGGGUGUUAGGAUAAUCACCAAAUACCACACCCAACAUCAAGUAACUAGAAAUAUUUUGAAACGGUUUUGGCAUUUGCUUUUGAUCGAUCCCCAAUUGGGACCGUUCGUAUCAAAGGAACCGUCGAUUACGUAUCGCCGAGCCCAAUCACUUAGGGACCAUCUCGUGACAAGCGAGUAUAAAGGUACCUUUAGAUGUGAUCCAUGUAAGAGGAAAGGCACCUUCACUUGUGGAGGGUGCUCUAUUUGCCGUUAUAUCAAUUCCGAUCGGCAAAUUGUUCUACCUAAUGGUCAGCUCCAUAAACCCAGACACUAUGCCAAUUGCAAAACCUUUGGUGUAGUGUAUUUGCUAACUUGCCAUUGCAAGAGGUUUUAUGUGGGCAAGACCAAACUACCCUUCCACAAACGGGCAUCCCGUCAUCUGCAUGCCAUGCGUACGGCCAAUCCUGAUCUACCCCUCGGGCGUCAUAUUCUGACUGAACACGAUGGACACUUUCUUGGGGUCAAAUUUUUGAUCCUUGACAGAGUCCAUCCUAACCCCAGAGGGGGUGAUUGGAACAAAAUUCUGUUACAACUCGAAACCCGUUGGAUUGCGGAGCUAGAGGCCAACCACCCUCCGGGUCUAAAUGAACAGAUUAGCUUUAGACCCUUCUUGGAGGGCUUUUCAUCUGGGGGGUGUGAGAAAGAUUGAUAUGAGAUUAAAUUGUUUGGUGUUUUUGCUUCUUUGUAUUUUGUAUUUUGCAUUCCAUGUUUCUCGUUUUUUUGCUUUCAUCUUUGUGCUCAUAUUGAUGAUUUAUAUAUUUACUAUCAUGUCCUUGUAUCCCCUGCGCAUUCCCAUUUUUGGGGAUUUCACUUAGGCCCAGAAUUGAUGUCCGAGCGGUGUUUGUCUCGCUAUAUAUAGCUGGGCGCACGUAAGCCGUCCCCCUCUUAUGGGACGGCUUUCUCAGACCUGGUCCCCCCGCACCUUUCAGGUGUCGUUUGACCAUGGGUCUAUACCUGCGCCCAUAACAGGGACUUGGAAAUUACAGGGGUUAUUAUCUAUUCCCCCUUGAGUUUCCUAUAUGUCCCUGGAUCUCUCUCCCCUUUGUCCUUGUCCACAUUUCUACUAACUAAAUAUAUUUGAUUAUUUGCUGUGUGUCUUUGGCCUAUCGCAUUUAGAACUAUGCCGUUUGUAUAUUCAAAUGGUUUUGUCUAAAGUUUCAUUCUCUAUCAUAUACUCUGUGCUUGGUAUUUUUUCCCCAGCAGUUUUUGUAACCCAUAAUUACUUUCCAGUAAAACGUUUUCUGCAGACAUUUUUCUUGUAACCUCCUUUUUGUACUGCCCUCUUCUUUUGCAAUAGCCUAUUUCCAUCCAGCAAUUGUUUUGUCUUUAUUUUUGUGUCGGGUUGUCACUUGGCAGUUUUCUCCUGCCUUUCCUCGAUACUACGACGUAUCACACGCCGUGACUCCGCCCCUCUGGGCGGCGCUGUUAUGGUUCUGUUUCUAUGAUCGGCGUCUCUUUGCCCCGCUCGGCCACGCCCCCUUCUUUUCCUCGAUGCUGCGACGUAUUAUGUGUCGUAACUCCACCCUUUUGGGCGGCGCUGUGUUGCCAGUGUCUCUUCGUCCCGCCUGGCCACGCCCCUUUGUCAUGACGCAAUUGCGUCUGUCUAUCACCAUCCCCUCAUUACAGUUGGCCUAUCAUGUCCUGCCUGAUCCCUCGGACCACGCCCACUAUACUAAUGCCCGCCUUGCUGCUUCCCUAUAAAAACGUUCAGCCGCCCAGUAAUGUCAGACACUGCUGGACGGCAGUGGUACUAGCGGCACGUCCUUGGGCUAUAUUGAGUGUCCAUCCCAUGUAAGCAACCUUUUACUCUAGACCUCUCCAUUCAUUUUUGCCUUCAAUCCUCACUCGUGUUUUGUUUUUCUAUUUUAAUGCCUGUUCCUAUCUGCCAUCCAUUGUAUUCACAGGCUGGAGCUUUGCUUAGCUCUCUACUGACACCUUUGGCCAAAUAUAAUAUUGACACACUUCUGCAAACCUCAGGUAUGCAGUUAUUUAUAUAUAUUUUAGAUAUUUCUUUUUGUAAAUGGUUUAGUAUUUAACUAUAUUCAUACUCAUCCUGUCCCUUAUUUAUAGACAGGUUUUGUAUAUUAUUACAUGUCACUUUGGGACUAUAAGGGCUUGAGAUCUUGCUAUAUGCGAUUCUGCACCGCCGGCUUCCUUCCUCCUAUUUUCCAUCCAGAGGAAUCUUCUGCGUCCUAACAGUGGUGUCCUUUUUCUGGGAUGCGCAGGGUUGAUUAAACGCUGUGAGUGAAAAGUGGUUCCUAUAUAUGUUGACUACACACAUUUCGGCCCCUGAUGAAGGGUAAUCCGAAACGCGUAGGGCCGUGUACGUCUUCAUGGAUGUUACUUUUUAAUGA